AACUUUCACGGUUUCACCCCCUAGACCCUAAUCAUACCCGUGGCCGUGUGAUGAACGAAUAGAAACUGGAUAGUUGAAUACUCCUCUCCUCCAGGUAAGAAAAAGAAAAUACGCGCUCUCCCUCUCUUCUCUACUUUUGCAAAAUCAAAAACAUCCCAAAUUCAGUAAAGUGUAUCCGCCCAUUCACAAUCAGCUACUCUUCGUCGAGGUCCAGCAAUGGCGGGAAGAGAGGUUCGGGAGUACACUAACCUCUCAGACCCCAAAGAUAAAAAAUCGGGGAAAGGUAAAGAUAAAAUCGAUGAUGAAGAUGUCACUUUCCAACGUAUGGUUGCAAAGAUGCAAGAAGUUGCUGGAGAGCGUGGAGGCUACCUUCAUGGAAGAGGCGCAUUGGACAGUGAUGACCUUCUUUAUCUAAAGGAGCAGAUGGAAGCUGAGGAAGACGCGGAGCGCCUUUUGCGUCGCACUGAGAAACGAGCAUUUGCUGCUUUCAAGAUAUCCUUUGAGCCUUUACUGAAAAAAGUUUUGUUGCUGGCCUAGCUUAUAUCCAAUUCUUCAAGCUCAGGUUAUGUACUUAUGUUAGUGGCCGGACCUUAUUUUCAAUUUCUUCAAGCUCAGAUUAUGUACUUAUGUUGCUGACUUGAGCUUAUUUCCAAUUUUUAUAGCUUAGGUCUUGUACUUGAGUCGCUCGCCUGAGCUCAUUUCCCUCUGUAUCCACAAGUUUUGUGAUCAUUUUGUGAAGAAUUUCGUGUGCCUUGUGGUUAGUUCCAAAGUUUCUUAAGAUUCAUAUGGCUAAUAUGUUGAGUGCGAUACUUUAGUCAGAAGCUGAUUGUUAUCUUGCUGAAGUAUGCCGUGUUUGUUCCCUUUAGUAGAAUCUGCAUAUGGUUUUGUACAUAACUUCUUUUCUUAAAUUGCUCGGUCUUUCUGCUAUCUUUUUGCUUGCUGUUGCAAAUCCAGAAGUAUGGCAACAUAACUCACCAAAUCUCUUCCUUCUAUAGCCUUCUGUGAUUUGUAACUAGAUUGUGUUAUUUGUGUAACAGUUAAAGCUCUGUUGGUAGCAACAUUUUCUUUUUCAGGAUAAUGCAUGUAAAAAGGUUUUGAGUUUUAACCCUCGCAUUGGAAAAGGGUGCUCUUAGUGGAAAAAGGAUAAUGUUCUUGUGUCUGUCCAUCUUAGUGGAAAAAGGAUAAUGUUCUUGUAUGAGGUUUAUUUUAAUUUUCAUGGCAGAUUUUCAGAUAAUUUUUAGGUGUAUUACUAGAUGCUCUCGACAGAUUUGUCCUUUGUACGUUCACCAAAAGUUGGAAGUGGAAUGAGCAUCGUUAGAACAAAAGAUGGAGGGGACUUGGCAUCUCAUUUCUUCUGAUGUUAGAUAUCUUAUUCCUUCGCUAGUUUUUUUAACUUGUCUUUUAUAAAAUUUGGGGUGGCUACAUCCAUGAUUAACAAUGAGGCACUAAUUUGGGACAGUUAUUUCCUGUUUCUUGACGACCUUUCUACACUUGUUAUAAUGCCCUCUGAUACGUUUGAGUGUAGCAAAAUUACUGUGCACCUUGACUAAUUUAUACAGAGCUGCGAAUUUGGCGGAUUCUUCACCUGCACCAGCUCCCUUGUCUCUUCGCGUUGAACCCAAGCCAAAAAGUGGGAUAAGACAACAAGACCUGCUAAAGAAAGUGGUAGAGAUAAAACCAAAGCGACCAAGGAUGUCAAGCCCACAUGACGAGAACCAGACAAGUACAGAUAUAACUGAAAGGGCUCUAUCAAAGCACAAGGUUGAGGAGCUUAAUAAAG